CAGUUGUCUCCCGAGCGCGGGCUGAGGCGCCCGAGCCGCUGGGCCGGGGAAGCACUGGCGGUUCGCUCCUGGGCCAGCUCGUCCAGGCGCUCGCAGGCAUGCAGCCCGGGAGCAGGCGGCGCGCCCCGAGCCGCUGUUGAGCCGGCGGGGGCGGCGGGGACCAGCGCCAGCAGAGCCCCUCCCACCUUGCGCCGGGGUAGACGAGCGGCGCCCCGGCACCCCCUCUUCGCCUGCAGCCCCGCCAGCGCCACCCCCCGCGGGCCGCAGGGGCUCAUGCAGCCGCCAAGGGAGAGGCUAGUGGUAACAGGCCGAGCUGGAUGGAUGGGUAUGGGGAGAGGGGCAGGACGUUCAGCCCUGGGAUUCUGGCCGACCCUCGCCUUCCUUCUCUGCAGCUUCCCCGCAGCCACCUCCCCGUGCAAGAUCCUCAAGUGCAACUCUGAGUUCUGGAGCGCCACGUCGGGCAGCCACGCCCCAGCCUCGGACGACGCCCCCGAGUUCUGCGCUGCCCUGCGCACCUACGCCCUGUGCACGCGGCGGACGGCGCGCACCUGCCGGGGCGACCUGGCCUACCACUCGGCCGUCCAUGGCAUAGAGGACCUCAUGAGCCAGCACAACUGCUCCAAGGAUGGCCCCACCUCGCAGCCGCGCCUGCGCGUGCUCCCGCCGGCCGGGGACAGCCAGGAGCGCUCGGACAGCCCCGAGAUCUGCCAUUAUGAGAAGAGCUUCCAUAAGCACUCAGCCGCCCCCAACUACACACACUGUGGCCUCUUCGGGGACCCGCACCUCAGGACUUUCACAGACCGCUUCCAGACCUGCAAGGUGCAGGGCGCCUGGCCGCUCAUCGACAAUAAUUACCUGAACGUGCAGGUCACCAACACACCUGUGCUGCCCGGCUCAGCCGCCACCGCCACCAGCAAGCUCACCAUCAUCUUCAAGAACUUCCAGGAGUGCGUGGACCAGAAGGUGUACCAGGCAGAGAUGGAUGAGCUCCCAGCCGCCUUCGCCGACGGCUCUAAGAACGGUGGGGACAAGCACGGGGCCAACAGCCUGAAGAUCACCGAGAAGGUGUCGGGCCAGCACGUGGAGAUCCAGGCCAAGUACAUCGGCACCACCAUCGUGGUGCGCCAGGUGGGCCGCUACCUGACCUUCGCCGUCCGCAUGCCCGAGGAGGUGGUCAACGCCGUGGAGGACCGGGACAGCCAGGGCCUCUACCUCUGCCUGCGGGGCUGCCCCCUCAACCAGCAGAUCGACUUCCAGGCCUUCCGCACCAACGCCGAGGGCCCUGGCUCCCGCAGGCCGGCGGCCGCCAGCCCCUCGCCCACGGCCCCUGAGACCUUCCCGUACGAGACGGCCGUGGCCAAGUGCAAGGAGAAGCUGCCCGUGGAGGACCUGUACUACCAGGCCUGCGUCUUCGACCUCCUCACCACGGGCGACGUGAACUUCACGCUGGCGGCCUACUACGCCUUGGAGGACGUCAAGAUGCUGCACUCCAACAAGGACAGACUCCAUCUGUACGAGAGGACUCGGGAGCUGCCGGGCGGGGUGGCCGCUGCGGGGCUGCCCCCGGGCCCCCAGCCCCUCCUGGGCACCCUGGUGCUGCUGCUCGCCCUGCUCCCUGUGUUGUGGUAGGCGGCUGCCGCGGAGGAUGUGGAGGGAGGCGUGAGCUCUGUCCCCAGCCUCUGGGCGGGCGCCUGCCCUUUGGCUUCUCUCCGGGGCCGCCAACAGGGUGCGGAUCGCCCGGCGUUUUCUCUGUGGCCCAGCAG